ACCUAGCAGCCGACGGACAGGGGAGAAGAGUAGAGCAGAUUCGGGAUUUUCUGGGUUAAGGGAGAAGAUUCUAAACCCCCAAAUCUUGUGAUUAAGCAAGAAAGAAGAGAAAAUCACCAAGCUUUACCGGUUUUCUCAAGUGAGAUGUCACCGGCAGCUGGCUUCUUUCUCGGGUUGCAGGGGCGAGGAAGAAGAAGAGCAGAACGUGCAAGUGGCUGGGAGGAAAUUUCUGGGUUUAAACCUUGUUCUCCAUCAAGAAAGAAAAGGGAAAACUCAAGCUCUUUACCGGUUCUCAAGAGGGAAGCUUCAGCGGCUUUGGGGGGACUUUGGGGAGGCAGAGCAUCGGGGAGAAGAAGAAGAUGAGGAAGAGCAAAACACGUGGCUGAGGAGAGAAAUAUCAGCCUUGAUCCUUAUCCUAAUUUUCUUUCUUUUAAGUCUUUGAACUUUGAAAAUAUUUGUUAUUAAAUUCAUUAAUAAUAU